AUGAGACGGACAGAUGCGUUUGAAGAGGUCCCGCCUUGCACAGAAGUCCCGGAAGUCGCUGUGGAUGUGAUUCUCGUUUUCAGCAAGACCUUUGAGGCCUCCCCGCAUGCGCAGACUGCGGCUGACGCUAUCAAGAUGCAAUUUGAGAACGGAACUUUCACCUGGGCGCAGUGCUUCCGAAGCCUCACCGUCCAGCAGGCCAACCUCACCGCGGUGGAAGAUGUCUAUGACUCCCGUGGUUACAGCAUCCGGAAGGCUUGGGUGACCGGCCCGAACAAGGUCUUCAGAUCCGUUCUUCGAGCUGCUGUUGACAAAACGGUCGGCGAGUACAGCCACUUCUUCUACAUGGAACUUGACUCGGUGCCGGUCCGUGCGGAUUGGCUCCAGCAGUAUGUGGCUGAGGCCCUCUAUUAUCCGACGGCGGCCAUACGAGGAAGCCGCUACAGAGGCGACACCUGGGACGGCUUUCUCAAGGAUCUACCGAUCGAGUUGUUAGUGCACAUCAAUGGCAAUGCCGUCUACAACGUGGCACAUCCCUGGACGGUGCAGUUGUUGACCUACCUGGAGGACCCAUCCUUCGAGGUUGACAGCAUUGCCUUCGACAUCAAGAUGGCCAAUCUCAGCUUCGAAGAGUUUGGCAAUGCACCGGACUCCCCCUACAAGGCCGAUUCCUUGCUUAUUGGAAACUACGCCCAGAUGUUGCUGAAUUCCAGUUUCGAAUCCGCCGAGUACAUUCGCCAUGGCUCCAGGGGAAAUGUCUUCGAGAACAUCGAUGACUCACAAGUCACGCUUGGUGUCAUAGCUAUGGACUCUGAGUUCAGCACCUUCCUCGACUCUCUCAGGUACUCUCACCCCUUCCGGAAAGUCAUCAUCAUGGGUGCGCAGAUUGAAAACGUGACGAGCUACAGCAUCAGCACAGCACAAGGCACGACGCAAAUCGAGAUCGUGACCGUCUCUGGGGAUCCGGUGGAGCUAUACUGCGAACUGGCUUCGAUGGUCACUACGAGGUACCUCGUGUUGACAAACACUGACAACAUCGUUGCAAGCCCAACGAGCAUCCUGGUGAACGGUGCAGGCCAUCCGGUGCUACCCUACGUCCAUGCAACCUCGUGGUUUUGUUUGCAGUUCCCGAGCUGCCUCUCUGAGCUGUCGGAAGCCGAAAUCUUCUACGGCAUCGAGUUGUUGCAUCACCACGACACCUUCGAGACCGUGUACUACACGGACCUCUUUCAGCAACACUGCGCAGCACGAGAAACCGUGCUGAGCCAGCUCGGCAGCUACGAGGAUUGUGGAUUUGUGCAUGGCCCUACUGGUGAUGGAUACAUGGCCUGGCUGCUGUCGAAGACUGGGGAAGUGAGCUUUGACUAUGUUCCCAGGAGCAAGACGAGUGUUGGCUCGCGAACUUGGGGCGUACUCUCCAAAGCGCAUCCAGUCGAUCUCCGUGAGUGCUCCGUUUACACUCCGGAAGAUUUCACCGUUUUGGACGGCAACAUCUCCACCUGCGCCCAGAUCCUGGAGGAUCCAGGUGCUUGCGAUGCGGCGGCAAACUGCACGUGGCGACCGGUCUUUGGCAGCGGCAAAUGCAUCGACACGCCUGACAACCCCGAGGUGACCCUGAUGUUCGUCCUUCCGCAGUUUGUCUCCUCCACAACCACUACGGUCACAUCAACGGGGACCACGACCACGCAGACCUUCACGGUUCUCCCUGGUCAGUGUCCGCUUCCAAUUGCAGAGCCGUCGGUGGACGUGAUGGACUGCCUGGGAAAGACGGUCGGCGAGACGUGCGAGGUGGUGUGCUCGGACGGCUUCGAGGGUCCGGUGGCAACGUUCACCUGUGGAGACGGCGAAACCUUCACGGGAGACCUGCCGACCUGCAGUACGACGACAAUGACCAGCACUGCCACUUCCACUGUGACCGAGCUGGUGUUCUGUUCAGGUGGUUUGCCUUCUGGCCGUGGCGUCGUGGUGUCCGAUUGCUCCGGUCUGGCGAACGGGCAGACUUGUGACGUCACGUGCGACACAGGAUUCCAAGGAGGGCCUGUCCAGUACAUGUGCAACCCAAUGACCGGACUCUUCGAAGGACCAGGGCUUACGUGCCUACUGCCCACCUGCCCGCUGAGUGCUCUGCCGGUGGCCGCUACGGAUGUGGACGCCAGCAGUUGCGAGAACAUUGAAGCCGGCAGCUUCUGCUUCAUGCGAUGCCCCGCGGGCUACGUCUUCGCAGAGUCUGUGCUCGCCUGCCAGGCUGAUCUUUCAUUCUCCGGAACGCCGCCAACCUGUGAACGGCUCGCAUGUGGCACGUCCGGUCUUCCCCAGGAUGUGAGCUACAACAUUAGCAGCUGCAUCGGCACACUGUCGGGUGAGUCCUGCGAGGUCACAUGCAAGCGCGGCUACGAGGGGAGCAGCUCCAGCUUUCAGUGCGGCCUUGAUGGCACCUUCCAGGGAACAGCUGGAAGCUGCGUGCGAAAGGCCUGCCCGCCGCCCACCGCGAGUCCUGCCUUCCAGACGGACUGUGCGGGAGCACGCCAUGGAGAUAUCUGCUUGGGCAGAUGCUCAACGGGCUACACGGGGUCCCCAAAGCAGCUGGAGUGCGACAACGGCAUGCUCUUGGGCGACCUACCCAACUGCACCGCCCUGACCUGCUCCUUGGAAGGCAUCUCCAUCGGUGUCGGCGUCACCGCAGAGGCCUGUGUGGGCAUCACCACCUCCAGCAGCUGCGAGUUGGGCUGCACUCGGGGCUUCGAGGGCAGCGGCAACGGGACACUGAACUGCGAAAGCGAUGGCAGCUUCAGCACGACCGGGGCUUUUGAGUGUCGGCCAAAGCAAUGCUUCCCCCUCUCAUCGAUCUCUCCUUUCUCGGAGCCCCACUUUGCUGACUCCUGCGACAACAAGGAGUUCGGAGACAUCUGCACGGCGUUCUGCGAGCCAGGCUGGGAGAUCGGAGGCAAUGCGACCGUGAUGCUUUGCGACGACACCCCGCUCAGCAGCGCCGGAUUUGCGGAGUAUCUGGGGAGGAUCCCGGCGGAAAACUCCAGUGGACCAGUCUGCACUGCAAAGCCCUGCACCAUUGGACUGCCCAACGUGCGUGGCGCUUCUAGUGAUUGCAGUGGCAAGGCCACCCUGGAGACCUGCACCGUCACGGCACUCCCGGGAUUCACCAUGACAGACAGCGUGUUGACCUGCUUGAAAGAUUCCAGCUUCAACGGCACCAUCUCCGAAGUCGUGGAGUCUUCCUGCCCGGAUCUCGCACAAGUCACCGGAUAUGCGAGCACCUGUCAGGACAAGAAACCGGGGGACGAGUGCUGGAUCUACUGCGAGGCUGGCUACACGGGCAACCCCGUUGCUUACAUGUGCGAUGCCAAUACGCUCACUUUCGUCGCCAAGGACGCCAGUGCCAGCUGCAUUGGCUCUGGUGGUCGUCGCCUGUCGGGAGCGGGAGGCUGCCAGGCGGCUGCAGCAGCGGCCUUCGGCCUGUCGGACGCGCAGUUCACCCACGACUGCGCCAGCGGCUCCGGGGUGGUUGACGGCGGCAGCUGCAUUGCUCACUGCAGCCGAGGCUAUGAACUGGUGGGUGUUGCCUCUGUCCUGACCUGCAACUCGGGAAGCUUGUCUGGCAUGCUGCCUGUGUGCACUCCGCUGCCCUGCACGUACAACGUGCCAGAUGCGGUUGGGCUGCAGCACAACUGCAGCAAUAUCACGACUGGGGGUUCCUGCAGCGCUGGCUGCACCCAGGAGGGCUUCGAGUACGCCUCCGGUGGCGCCGCGCAGUAUCAAUGCGCAAACACUGGAGAGUUUGUAGGAACGCAGCCGUCCUGCCAGCGCACGUCCUGCACGGACUUGACCUUGGGCCCCAAGUUCGCACACAACUGCGAGAGCAUGGUCUUUCAGGACACCUGCGGCGUGAGCUGCGCAAAGGGCUGGACCUUGGUGGGAUGGGGGUCACAGUAUGAGUGCCAGUCGGAUGGAAACAUCACCGGAGUUCUCCCCGAUUGCGUCGGGAACCCUUGUGAGAACAGCAUCCCAGCAGACCAGGCAUUCUCCGGCGAGGAGUGCGAUGGGAUGACGACCGGCCUGUCGUGCAAUGUUACUUGCAAGCCGGGCAGCGUGCCGAACUUUGCAAUCAUGACUUGCGACGAGAGUGGCCAGCUAGUCGGAACGCUGCCGCUUUGCAAGCCGGCGAAGUGCCCUGUGAGCAGCCAGCUGCAGGAUCCUUCAGUCGCCCACGAUUGCAGCGACGUCGCCUUCGGCCGCAGCUGCAGUGUCUACUGCGCACCGGGGUACGAAUUGACCAGCGGAGCUGCGGGGGAGGUUUGGUCCUGCGACCUCGAUUCUGGCGUGCUUGGGCUCGUUGGAACCUUGCCAAGCUGCCAGCCGAUUGUUUGUCCGAGCCUGAACCCCAGCGACGUCCUCGAGGACAACUGCACGGGGCUCCUCGCAGGACAGUCCUGUGAGCGCCGCUGCCGCUCUGGCUUCUUGCCGGCGAACGCGACGAGCAGCAACUUCAAUUGCGACCUUUCAGGCCAAGUCAGCAGUGACGGGGCCACGGUCUCCUGCGAGCCUGUUCAGUGCAACAGCAGCAUCUCGAUUCCCAAUGUGGUGCACACCUGCAGCGACGUCUUCGUUAAUCGGUCUUGCUUUGCCUACUGCCGCGAGGGCUUCCAGCUCAACCAACCGGAGGUUCCGGAGUGGACCUGCACGGACGCAGCGAGUGGCCUCCCUGCGGUCAGCGAUGUUCCGAUGGUGGUGCCUUGGCUGCGGAGCUACGGCGCUUUCCGUCCCUUGCGGAUUUUGUACAGUUUUGAACAGGCGUUCAACGGUAUUUAUUUUGCCCCGGAGCAGCAGCGGAUGGUGGGAAUGUUGCUCAGGAUGGUUACACCCUGCGAGGCACCGUGCCCGCAACCUGUCCGCAUGUGCACUUGGAAGGGGCUCAAUAAGUGA